UGACGAGAUUACUUCCCAGAGUCACGGUCUCGGUCACAAAUCGUAAAAUUUAGAUCGUUUUCACGUCGCCCUGAUUCCCCUGAUUAGUCUAAUUUGGACUUUGGAGAACAAAAGAAGGUCUAAAAGAAUGCCAUUUGUGUGCAAGAAGGUUGAAGAGAGUGAUGUGAAGAAGAAAUCUCACUAUUUUGGGGUGUCAGAGUACGUUUGGGUUAGUGCUGACCACGAUGGGGAGUUAGCAAAGAAGUGGCGGAUGGAGCCGUGCUAUAUGCCCGUGAUGUUUCGCGAUAGAGCUCAGGAGAUUGAAGAGUUCGCUGUCUAUCCGGACGACACAUGGGUGGUGACGUACCCAAAAUGUGGCACAACAUGGACACAGGAGAUGGUGUGGCUCAUUAACAAUGGAUUGGAUGUGAAGGCAGCCGCUGCAGUGCCUCAAAAUACACGAUUUCCAUUCAUUGAAAUGUGUUCCAUUUUCCCGGCAUCCUUCAAUAUUAGUCAGGAAAGUAUUUUGAAUGCAAAAAAUAUGCAUUGUCCUCGCCAUAUUAAGAGUCAUCUACCCGCUCACCUGCUGCCCCGUUCGAUUUGGCAGGUGAAACCAAAGAUAAUUUACGUGGCGCGAAAUCCAAAGGAUGUCGUUGUUUCUUUCUACCACCACAUGAGGCAUCUUCAUGGCUACACGAGGACCUUUGAGGAUUUUGCUGAAGCCUUCCUCGCCGACCACGUCAUCUGGUCUCCCUUCUUUGGGCACAUCUUAGACUUCUGGAGCAUGAGGCAUGAAGCCAACAUCCUGUUUUUCACCUUCGAAGAGAUGAAGAAGGAUCUUCGGGGAAUUAUUUUGCGCACGGCCGAUUUUCUCGGGAAGAAGCUCACCGAAGACGAUAUUCAGCUUCUCUGCCAGCAUCUCUCCUUUGACUCAAUGAAAAACAACGAUUCCGUCAAUAAACGCGUGGACGUGGAAGAGGUAAAAUCCCUCCCGGGUAUUGAAAAUCCCUCCCAGGAUUUUUCCUUCAUUCGCCGUGGCCAAGUUGGUGGCCACACUGAGCUCUUUACGCCGGAACUGGAAAAAAGAUUUGACGAAUGGACACAGGAGAAGCUCCGUGGCACUGACUUUCACUUCACUGCGUAGCUUUUGGGGUUGAUGUAGAAAAAAAUGUAUUUGUGGGCAAUAAAUAAUUCUCACGAGGUCC